AUGAAGAGCGCCGAGGCGCUCCAGGACGCCGCGAACGCGUACGCGUACCCGGACGAGUACGAGUACGAGUACGACUACCCGGACGCGCGCGGCCUCGGCCCCGGCGGCCCCGGCGGCGGCGGCGGCGGCGGUGGCGGUGCGCGCGGCGCAUUCGACGACGACGACGAGUACGGCUCGGACGAGGAGUUCGACGACGUGUUUGUGAACUUUGCGCUGCUGAGCAAUAUCGCGGUGUGGUUGCGCGAUAGGGUCCCGCGCGGGACGCACGUCAAGGGCUCUAUACCGUACCCGCGCGCGUUCACCGGCAAGGACAUCGUCACGACGCUGCAGUCGCAGAUCCGCCGCGAGCUGCUCGCGAACCAGGGCGUCGCGACGGGCGACCGCACGAUCGCGCUGCUCGUCGCGCGCAGCCUCCAGUCGCAGCUCUUCUUUUACGAGGUCGAGUGGGGCGGGCGCGUCCUGCAGGACGGCGUCGAGGACGUGUACAUGUUCCUCGACGACCAGGAGGGCGGCGCCGGCGCGGUCGAGCGCGAGGAGCUGCCGACGAGCGUGAUUACUGUCCUGACCAAGUGCUACUCCCCGAGCUGCGUCGAAGGCGCGGUGUGCUACUCGUUCGCGUGCCCGCGGCGCCCGCGCGUGCGUCUCUCUCUCCUUUUUUUUUCUUGCCCGCCGCGCGCGCCGCUGACGCGCUGUGGCGACGGGGAGUGGGACGCGGACCCCGACUUGCUCAAGUCGCUCCCGGAGAGCGAGAUCAACCGCCAAAAGAUCAUACACAAGCUGGUCAGCAAAGAGGCGCAGUACAUUCGCGAUCUGGACCUCAUCGAGACCAUCUUCAUCAAGCCGCUGCGCUACGCCGACCCGCCGGUCGUCUCCCCGCACGAGCUCGACGAGCUCGUCGACGACGUCUUCGGGAACCUCUCCGCCGUGCGCGAGGCGAACCGGCGCCUGCUCGAGAUCAUGAACGUGCGCCAGCGCGAGCAGGCGGUCGUCGUCCAGCGCGUCGGCGAUAUCCUGCUCGAGGCCGCGACCGAGUUUAGGCUCGUGUAUCCGACGUAUAUCGGGCACCUGCCGCUGGCGGAGAAGCGCCUCAAGGAGGAGGCCGAGGCGAAUGCGGAGUUUAGGCUGUUCCUCGAGCAAUGCGGGCGCCACCCCGACGCGCGCCGGAUCGACCUCAAGGUGUUCCUGAACCGGCCGUCGGAGCACCUGCAGCGGUACGAGAACAUCCUCGAGGCGAUCUGCAAGGAGACGGCGGAGGAGAACCCGGACCGCGAUUACCUCACCGAGGCCGCGGCGGCGUUCAAGAGCCUGCAGGGCGUGUGCCACCUGCAGACGUUCCAGCACGCGAUGGGCCGCGGGCCGACGGGCAAGUACGAGUGGUUUAACCUCGUCUCGGACGAGGCGCGCGCGGACAUCGCGAAGAAGGAACAGAAGCGCCAGGCCAUCAUCUUCGAGCUCAUCAAGGGCGAGAUGCAGUACGUCCGGGAUCUCGAAAACAUCGAAGUCAUCUACGUGCAGCCGCUGCGCGAGGCGGAGCCGCCGAUCGUGCCGCGCGAGCGGCUCGGCGCGUUCAUCGCGGAGGUGUUCCACAACUUCGCGGAGCUGCACGUGCACCACCGGCGGCUGCUCGACCGCAUGCACGCGGUGCAGCGCGACGAGCACCCGGUCGUGCACAGCGUGACGGCCGCCAUCUUCGACGCGGCGCUCAACUGGCGCGAGGCGUACAUGGAGUACGUCACGCAUUACCCGAUCGCGGAGUAUCGGAUCGUGGACGAGAUGAACACGAACCCGCUGUUCAAGGCGUUCGUCGAGCAAUGCACGCGCCACCCCGACUCGAACAGGCUGGACCUCAAGUCGUUCAUCAACCGGCCGAUCCCGCGCCUGGCGCGCUACGAGCUGCUGCUCAAGGGCAUCAUGGAGGCGAGCGCCGACGACCACGAGGACCGGGGCAGCAUCCCGCAGGUGAUCGAGGUGAUCAAGUCGCUCCUCAAGGAGACGCAGCCCGGCGUCUCGUCCGCGAACCAGAAGGUCGAGCUGUGGCGCUACAACGCGAAUUUGGUGUUCAAGCCCGGCGAGGUCGUGGACAUGGACCUUUUGGCGGAGAACAGGUCGCUCAUAUACACCGGCAAGCUGCUGCGCCAGCCGGACAACGGCUUCGAGUGGAGCGGGUGGAGCGAGCUGUUUGUGUUGCUGUUUGACAAUUACUUUGUCAUGACGAAGCCAAAGGAGAAGGACGGGGUCACGAAAUACCACGUCAACCGUCGACCCGUUCCGCUCGACCUGCUCACGCUCGCGAGCUUCUCGGACCUGCCGACGCAGAGGGGCACGGGCAUCCUCCGCGGGCUGCGCGGCGGCGAGCGCGGGACGCCGGGCGAGGUGCCGGGGCCAAUGCCGACGGCGACGACGCCGGACACGCCGGGGGACUCGCGGCUCGUGUACCCCUGCACGAUCUUCUACAACGGGCGGCUGGGCGGGCCGUGGACGCUGUUCGCGGACUCGGCGCAGGCGCGCGCGGAGUGGAAGGAGAAGCUGGAGGAGGCGAUCGGGCUGCGCAAGGUCGUGCAGGAGUCGAAUCGCGUGUUCGAGGUCGAGACGCUCAGCACGGACACGUUCCUCGUGCCGUCGGCGCUGGCGCAGCCUGCGAAUAGCUCGUGGAACAGCGAGAACUCGUUUACGGGGAAAGUGACGUGCUCCGUGCCGUUCACGACUACUGAUGGUCGGGCGCUGGUCGCGGUCGGGUGCGCGGAGGGCGUCUGGAUCGGGUUCCGGCACGACGCGCGAUCGAUGCGGCGCGUGCUCCAUCUGAAGAUGGUGACGCAGUGCGCCAUGCUCGAAGACUUUGGCAUCUUCCUCGUUCUGGCGGACAAGUCGCUGUUCGCGUACCACAUCGAGGCGCUCGUUCCGUCGUCGCCGCAGAGCGCGAGCACGUCGCAGACGCCGCAAAAGCUGAACGGCAACAAGGACGUGCACUUCUUCAGCGUGGGCAGCCUCAGCGGGCGCACGCUCGUCAUCUACAUGAAGAAGAAAGGGCUCGACAGCGUGUUCCGCGUGCUUGAGCCCGUGGUGGGCAAGAUCCAGGAGAAGGCCAAGGCGCCGGCGUCGCUGAGCUCGCGACUCGGCUUCCGCCAGCCGCGCUCCGAGUGGUUCAGGGUGUACCGGGACUUUUUCCUGCCCUCCGAGUCAUACGACCUCAUCUUCCUCAAGGCGCGGAUCGCCAUCCUGUGCACGAAGGGUUUCGAGAUCAUGGACCUGUCCGAUUUCAAGAGCGUGACCAUACCGCAGCGCGACGACCCGCGCCACGAAAAGCUGGCCAAGCGGUGCGAGUCGUGUCGCCCGAUGGGGAUGUUCCGCUCCAGCGAGAACGAGUUUCUGCUUUGUUACGACGAGUUCGGCCUGUACGUCAACCGCCACGGCGACCCGAGCCGCACGAAAAACACGAUCGAGUGGGAGGGCACGGCAGAGCGCGUCGCGUGGCACCCGCCGUACGUGCUCCUCUUCGACUCGCGCUUCAUCGAGGUCCGCCACGUCGAGACGGGGCGGCUGUGCCAGAUCAUACCGGGGAACGAGAUGCGCUGCAUCUGGGACGGGCGCGGGACGUCCGCGGCGCCGCUCGUCCCCGGGCCCGGCGGGAGCUGGGAGGAGGGCGCGUCGCAGGAGGCGCGCGUGCACGGCGUGAUGCGCUCGACGGAGACGGCGGCGGGCAGCGCGAGCGCGGGCGGGCGGGCGGUCGCGCAGCACGUGUUUGAGCUGAUCCCGACGGUGCCGCUGUACCUCCCGGAGAAGAUCGCGUCGCCGACGCAGCGCACGACGUUUUUGCACGGCGGGAUGUCGGGCGGGUCGCCGCCGCAUUCGCCGCAGCUGGCGCCUUCGUACCAGUGA